AUGAAGAACUCGGCUGAUGCAGUGGCAGCUCUAAAAGGAACUGACGGAAAUCCGAUAGGUGAUCCUAAGAAGAUUCUCCAGGAGGCUUUCUCCAACACAACUGGCGUCCAAGGGGCGUCCACGGCUUGCAUAGUCAGCCACAACGACGGGGUUUUACGCGCCGCGAAUGUCGGGGACAGCGGGUUCAUGGUGUUCAGGGACGGGAAAAUGAUGUACAAAUCGCAGACUCAGCAGCGCCGCUUCAACUGUCCCUACCAGUUAGGGAACCACAGCUCAUGCGACCGUCCUGAUUCGGCCAUUCAAAUGGAAGUCACGGUUAUGGUGGACGACCUUGUCGUGCUCGGGACCGAUGGAUUGCUGGACAACAUGCACGUCGAGGAGAUUGAGAAAAUCAUUGCGAUGACGAUGGUAGCGAAGGCAGAGAGAGAAGGAAAGACGGUGGAGGAGAAGUUGGCGAGGGAGAUAGCAGAAGCCGCGUAUUACAAGUCGUUGGACAAGUAUGGCGAUUGUCCUUUCGUGAGAGCUAGUUUAUUGGAGGGGAAGCAUCACAAAGGAGGAAAGGUGGAUGAUAUAACUGUUGUGGUUGGGAGGAUUAUCCAAAACUAUGAUCUCCACAUCAAGAUCAACUCGGACCAGAAAAGUACCCCGGAGUGA